UGUCAAAUAAAUACAUAUUUCAGAGCGGGAGAUUGUGCGAGGACUGAAGACGUUGUUGACUGAAAAAGUUUUCACUGUAGUGUUUUAAAACUCGAGUUAAGCUAGACAGUGCCGGUUAUAAAUUACCCCUAAUGCCAGUUUGUUAAAAUUCUCUACUCGAGCUGAAUACAUCGCUGCAGUUUAGUCUGCGAAGACGGGAUUUCGUACCAUGCAACGUAAUGAGUUUUUCAGCGCUUACACAUAUUAAGAAUAGAGUCUGCUGUCCUAAUAGUGUGCUCAAGCCGGCUGUAUUAAUCCGUGAAGUCUUGCCUCGUUUCCUGUUGGGGUGCGGUUUGCCAGACCGUGUCGGAAAAACAGGAUAAUCGUAUUUUCAUUCAAACCACUUUGCCGGUAAUCAAUCGACUGAAUCGAAUGAAAAAUUACCUGCCGUUGGAUUUGCUGGCUUCGUUGCACUGCCAGCAUCGGAUGGACCUGAGCCGGAUAAUCUGGCUGUUAGCGAUGGUAUCAACGGUGUAUGCCGAUGUCAGAGGCUUCAGCGGCGGGGAAGAAGAGGUUAGGGACUGGUGGCAGGACACUGUUUUCUACCAAAUCUAUCCCCGUUCGUUCAUGGAUAGCGAUGGUGAUGGCAUCGGGGAUAUCCGAGGUAUAACAUCGAAGCUAUCGCACUUAGCGGAUGCUGGUAUAGGAGCAACGUGGUUGUCACCAAUUUUCCGUUCUCCGAUGGUAGACUUCGGUUAUGAUAUCGCUGAUUACACCCAGAUCCAGCCCGAGUACGGUAUGAUGGAGGAUUUUGACGAGAUGCUGGCGGAAGCGACCCGGUUGGGGAUCAAGAUAGUGCUGGAUUUUGUGCCCAAUCACAGCAGUGACCAGUGCGAGUGGUUCCAGAGGUCGGUGGCACGGGAUCCAGGGUACGAAGAUUUCUACGUGUGGCAUGACGGUCGGGUGAAUCCAGCGGGAGGUCUUCCGUUACCACCGAACAACUGGCAAUCUGUCUUCUACGGGUCGGCCUGGACGUUUCACCCUGAGCGGAGCCAAUUUUAUUUACAUCAAUUUACCAAAGAGCAACCGGAUUUAAACUUCCGUAAUCCGGCCGUGGAGAAGCAGAUGAACGAUGUGAUGCAAUUUUGGCUGGAGAAAGGAGUGGCAGGGUUUCGGAUUGAUGCCGUUAACCAUCUGUUCGAGGUGAAGGACUUUAGGGAUGAGCCGGAAACGGGAACGGAUUUGGAUCCGCUCUCUUAUGGAUUCACCCAUCACUACUAUACGAAGGAUUUGCCAGAGGUUUAUGACAUGGUUUACAAGUGGCGCACUCUGCUGGACGAUUGGAGCCAAUCGCAUGGAGGUCCAACGCGGAUCAUGAUGACUGAAGCGUAUGCCAACAUUAGCUUCACAAUGAAAUAUUAUCAGACAGCGGAUGGUACCCGCAGAGGGUCGCAUUUGCCGUUUAACUUUUUGCUAAUUACCGAUCUGACGGAGGCAUCCACUGCAGCGGAUUUCGUGUUCAUCAUCAACAAAUGGUUAACCUACAUGCCCCGGAAUCGGGAUGCAAAUUGGGUAAUCGGGAAUCACGAUCAGCCUAGAGUUGGAUCUCGGUACAGUGUAGAAAAAAUCGAUACGAUUAAUAUGCUUUUGAUGACGCUGCCUGGGGUUGCUGUUACCUAUUACGGAGAAGAAAUUGGAAUGGUGGAUUACAAAAACAUUCCAAAGCUCAGUGAGGAGUUGGGAACGACGAAAUCCGAUAACGUUUUUAUAGACUUUACGCGGGACCCCGAGCGAACCCCAUUCCAGUGGGAUGAUAGUAAAAAUGCAGGAUUUUCUGAAGCAAACCAAACUUGGUUACCAGUAAAUCCAAACUAUCCGACACUAAACUUACGGAUUCAAAAAGAGGCAGAGAAAAGUCAAUACAAAGUCUACCAACAGUUGGUGAAAAUAAGACAACAUGAGACGUUCCGCAGAGGAACAAUCCAGUUGGUACCGUUUAACGAGGAGAUAGUAACUUUCAUCAGGGAACUUCUUGAUCAUGACACUUUCGCCAUUAUUUUUAAUUUAGGUUCUAGAGCACAACUGGUGGACCUGUCAGUUUUCCCCCGACUGUCCGACCGACUUACGGUCGUAGUGGCAUCGUCUGCCUCCGGCUAUAAAGCAGGCGACAGAGUUCAACGUAGCAGCAUCUCCUGUGGGCCCUACGACUCCUUGGUAUUGCAAGAAAGCCCGACCACCCAUCGGCGGCUGCCAUUAGGUGUGUCCUUCUCGAUUUCCAGCGUACUGCAAACGGCAGCGCAGGAUAGGAUCAUAAUUGCUUCCAUAGUGAUUGGUCUCGCAGUUGGCUGUUUUCACAUCUUUCGCCGGGGUGGAAUCAGCGGCGGUGGUGGAAUGUCAUACACCCUGGCUACUGGAGCUGCAGCAGGAAGGCUGGGACUGGGCAAAGAAUGUUCUUUGAGACUGUGAAAAAUGGGACCUGAGUGAAGUGAUUUUCCGGAUGCUCAGGCGCAACAACAACAACAACAACACCUGUUGUGUCUGUUCAUAGUGAGUGAGCUAUGACAAAACUGCUGAAAAGUGUUACUAGUGCCGUGAAUACGAGUUACUUCUGAGAUUAAUAGUAUUUUGGUUGUAGGCCAGAAAGAUGCAGCACUUACUAGAAAUGUUAGUAUGGCUGAACUCAUGUAGAGAUUAGGUUCACGAAUAAAUG